AAUGACUCAGGCAUUUGCAAUCGCUUGUUUCGCAUAAAGGGAAAUAAAGUGAAUCAGUGCGGUUGUUUGCGAAGUGUGUAAUUAGCGAAUUAAUUAUGUUAACAUUAAUUAUUCUGUCAGUAGUUCUCGCAGCUGGGUACUUUUACUGUGUGAAAAACUAUGACUACUGGAAAAAACUCGGUGUGCCAUACGUACAGCCGGUGGUGAUUUUCGGUUGUAUGAUAGAUCCAUUCUUGCGGAGAAGGAGUAUGACAGAGUUGUUUGUGGAAUGGUACAAGAAGUACUCAGACGAGAAGGUCGUUGGAUUAUUCGAGGGGACCAAGCCUUGUCUUCUGAUCAGAGAUCCGGAGUUGGUGAAACGUGUGCUCAUUACAGACUUUGUGAGUUUCCAUGAACGUGGCAUUCACCCUGAUCAAGAAGGCAUCGAACCCCUUCUGAGUAAUUUGUUUUUCGUUGAAGGAGAUCUGUGGCGGUCUCUGCGACAGCGUAUGACGCCAGCUUUCACCAGUGGCAAACUAAAAGCCAUGUUUCCAUUGAUCGUUGAACGUGCGGAGAAACUACAAACUCGUGCGUUGAAUGCUGCCCGCCAGGGUAAAGUAAUCGAUGCUCGUGAUCUGAUGGCGAGGUACACCACUGACUUCAUCGGAGCAUGUGGUUUUGGACUCGAUGCCGACUCGCUCAACGAAGAAAACUCCGAUUUCCGAGAACUUGGCAAGGAAAUCUUCCGAUUCGAUUUCAUGCACGGUGUCAAAUCAGUGCUCAAAGAUUUGUUCCCUAGAUUUUUUAGGAGCGUAAAGUUUUUUGGAAAUAUCGAAAAUCAGGUGCUGUCACUUGUGUAUAAUAUUCAGAAGCAAAGGAAUUUCCAGCCGUCGAAUAGACAUGACUUCAUAGAUUUGUUAAUGGAAUGCCAAAGGAAAGGGCCUAUCGAGAUUGAGUCGCUGGUAAAAGUGAAGGCCGAUGGUACUCCAUCGAGAACCAUAAUUGAAAUAACGGAUCAGUUAUUAGCUGCUCAGGUGUUCAUCUUCUUCGCUGCAGGAUUUGAGACUUCCUCGUCGUCUACUAGCUAUACAUUGCACCAGCUUGCUUAUAAUCCGGAAGUUUUGAAGAAAGUGCAAAAAGAAAUUGAUAAGGUGUUGAGUAAGCAUGAUAACAAGUUAUCUUUUGAAGCUGUAAAAGAGAUGACGUAUUUGGAAUGGACGUUCAGAGAAGGAAUGAGAAUGUUUCCGUCCCUCGGGUAUUUAUCAAGAAUGUGCACCCAGAAGUAUACGUUCCCUGAGCUGGAUCUGACAAUUGACAAGGAGGUUGGAAUCAUAAUUCCUCUUCAAGCUUUACACAUGGACCCACAGUACUUCGAGAACCCAGAAGAGUUCAGGCCUGAACGAUUUGAUCCUGAAAAUGAGAAGGAAUCAAAUAAAUAUGUUUAUUUGCCGUUUGGGCAAGGCCCAAGAGCUUGUAUAGGAGAACGACUAGGCCUGAUGCAGUCCUUGGCUGGUCUCGCGGCAGUUCUCUCAAAGUUCGACGUGACUCCCGCUCCUGAGAGCAAACGGGUUCUGGACGUGAAACCCCAGUAUGACAUCGUCCAGAACAUUGCGGGGGGAAUACCGCUGUUGUUUAAAGAAAGAAAGAAAGUUGAUUAAGGUUACAACCGUUUUAUUAUUCGCAUAACCUAAACCCAAGUAUUAUAAUGGGCAUUAUAGACUAGCCAAACGGCUAGUGCCAAAACGGCACUCAGAUUACUGAUGAGAGGUCCCAUAAUUCGAGCCUCGACUAGUAGAUUAAUUGUGUUGAACCCAUUCGUAAUCCGCCUGUGUUUCGUAUGUAUUCAUCAUCAUCAUCAUAGUUUUAACCUAUGGAAAUAUAAAGAGUAAGAGUAUAACAAGGUAUGA